AUGGACCUCGCAAGCACGUCAACCCUUCCGGAUCCCCGGAGCAUGAGCCUGCACCUGGACCUUUCGUCGCCCAGUCACCGCCAUGACGAGCUCGUCUCCAAGUCUCCUGCUAUCCCUUCUCCCAGCUCCUUCAAAACCACACCGACUUUCACCGCCGCAGCCACCGACUCGACCUCGACCUCGAACUCAACAUACAACUCUACCUCUGCUUCUGUCCUGCCCGACGACGAUGUGACUGCGAACCAGGCCCCUUCCAGAGACAACUGCGAUAGAAGGAGACCCGACGAGGGAGACGCCUCGCGAUUUCCGGCAAACAUGCCCACUCAGCUGGUCGGUCAGACCGUCACUCCCUUCUUGAGAGAACACAUUCCCGGCAUCUACGCACCCAUCGGCAAGCCUGACCAGGCCGAGAACAACAACCUCAGCCAACAACGGGACCCAAACAGCAAGUUCUGCUAUCGCCACCGCCCCGACGCAAAGUGUCGUCGAGCCGCCGAUGAGACCAAGAUGGUCCUGAUCCAAAGUGAACUCGAUAAGCUCCCCUCUGCCGACCAACAAGCCAUCACCCACGUCUGGUCGCUCUUCUCCGCCGCCCCUGCCAAGCACCGCGAUCUCAUGCUGCAAGGCAUCAUCACACAAUGCUGCUUCCCCCAACUAUCUACCGUCUCCCGCGAAGUCCACGAGCAGCUCAAGAUCGACUUCAUGGCUGCCCUGCCGACCGAAAUCUCCUACAAAGUACUUGGUUAUCUCGACACGGCUUCCCUCUGCAAGGCUGCUCAAGUAAGCAGGAGGUGGAGGGACCUCGCCGACGACGACGUUGUGUGGCACCGCAUGUGCGAGCAGCAUAUCGAUCGCAAGUGUACCAAGUGCGGAUUCGGCCUUCCCCUCCUCGAACGAAAGAGGCUACGCGACUGGAACAAGCAGAAGGAACUCGCCCGUAGCCAUCGCCCGGAGGAGCCCGUCCAAGAUGAGCAGGAGGUGGCGACGUCGGCGUCACCAGCGUCGUCACCCAACGCCAACAAGAAGCGCGAGCUGGUUGUUCUUGACGAUAGCAGGAAACGUGCAUGCUUGAGCGAGGUUGGCGAACCCGGUGCGCCCAAGGCUGGAGCUGAGAAGGAGCGUGACCGCCUCAUUCGACCGUGGAAGAGCGUCUACCGCGACCGCUUCAAGGUCGGAUACAACUGGAAGUACGGCCGAUGUCAUAUCAGGACCUUCAAGGGACACGACAAUGGUAUCACCUGUCUUCAGUUUUCCGACGAAAUCCUCGCUACGGGAUCCUACGACGCAAAGGUCAAGAUCUGGAACAUCGAAACGGGCGAAGAGAUUCGAACGCUGUCGGGGCACACGACGGGCAUCCGCACGCUCAAGUUCGUCGGCAACAAGCUCUUCAGUGGCAGCUUGGAUCACACGGUCAAGGUCUGGAACUGGCAGACGGGCGAGUGUAUCAGCACGCUUCGUUGUCACAGCGCCGGGGUGAUUUCCGUGGAUUUCGAUGGCAAGUAUCUCGCCUCGGGAUCCAUCGACAAAUCGGUCAAGAUUUUCAACUUUGACAGCAAGGAGACGUUUUGCCUCAGAGGUCAUGAAGACUGGGUGAACCACACGCGGCUGGAUCCCCGGUCUCAGACGGUCUUCUCGGCUUCGGACGACUGCACGGUGCGCCUCUGGGAUCUGAAGAACAAGACUUGCAUCAAAGUCUUUGAAGGUCACAUGGGUCAGGUGCAGCAAGUUCUGCUAAUGCCCGAAGACUUUGAACCGGACGAGGAUUUGCUUGCGGGGGAUGUCAAUGACGGCGCGUCGGUCCACAGCGGCCGCAGUAUAAGCCCGUCGGGGAACGCCAAUGUGGCGUCGAUUCUCGGGUCGUCGUUCGGGGAUUCCGGUCCGGCCGAAGACGACCGGACGGCGUUCGGUUGCACGUUUGCCUCGGACCCCACUCGGCCCCUCCCGCCCCGCUACAUGUUCACCGCCGGACUGGACAACACGGUCAAGUUGUGGAACACGGCGACAGGAAAGUGCCUUCGGACCAUGUUCGGUCAUGUGGAGGGCAUUUGGGGCCUCGUCGGUGACACUCUUCGCCUUGUCACCGGAGCCAACGAUUCCAUGGUCAAGAUCUGGGAGCCCAAGUCGGGCAAGUGUGAGCGAACUUUCACGGGACACUCAGGCCCCGUCACCUGCGUCGGCCUCAGCGACAGCAGAAUGGCGAGCGGAAGCGAGGACGGCGAAGUUCGUCUGUACAGCUUCGAAGCGGACGGGCCUUUGGAGGAGUGUGGCACUCCGGCGUGA